AUGAAGACUCUGGCGCCAUACAUCUGGCCAUCUCACUCUAUCGUGCUGCAAUCGCUCAUCUUUGCAUGCGUGCUGCUGCUUGUCAUUGGCCGGAUUGUCAACCUGCUGAUCCCCUGGCAGUUCAAGAACGUGCUCGAUGCACUCACCCCUGGAUCCCCAGCCGAGGCGGAGGACAAGCGACCGUAUUUUGCCUGGGCCGCCAUCCUCGCCUUUGUGCUCCUCCGCAGCUUGCAGGGCGGCAUGGGGGUCUUGUCGAUGAUCCAGUACUUCCUCUGGGUCCACGUGGGACAGUACACCACCCGCCACCUCUCUGUAUCGAUGCUUGGGCAUUUGCACCACCUGUCUCUGCAAUUCCACCUCAACCGCAAGACCGGCGAGGUUCUCCGAGUCAUGGACCGAGGCGUGUCCUCGAUUGGCUCGCUGCUCAGCUACAUCCUCUUCAACAUCACCCCUGUCAUCUUUGACAUUGUCUUGACCUCCAUCGCCAUCGCGCUGCAGUUUGAUCUGAUCCUGGGCACCACCCUGGCCAUCACCAUGAUCCUCUAUAUCGCCUGCACCAUUGUGAUAACCGAAUGGAGAACCAAGUUCCGCCGCGAAAUGAUUGAGACAGACAACGCCGCCCGCGCCCGAGCAGUGGACUCUUUGCUGAACUUUGAGACCGUCAAGUAUUACAACAACGAGGCCUGGGAGGUGGCCCGGUUCGAUGAGGCUGUAGAAGCGUCGCAACGCGCCGACUACAAGAGCCAGUCGUCCAUGUACAUCCUCAACGGCACUCAGAACGUCAUCAUCAGCGUUGGUUUGCUCGUCUGCCUCCUCAUUUGUGCCAAACGCAUUGUCGACGGCUCUGCGGUCGUGAGCGACUUUGUCAUGCUCUUCCAGUACAUCACUCAAGUUUAUCUGCCUCUGAAUUGGUUCGGCACCUACUACCGCGCGAUCCAGCAGAACUUUGUCGAUAUGGAGAAAAUGCUCGAUCUGUUCAAAGAGAAUCAGGGCGUCGAAGACUCGGCUGAUGCCCACGACCUCGUGAUGAACGAUGGCGGAACGAUUGUCUUUGACAACGUCGAGUUCUCGUAUGACCCCAAGCAGACGUCACUCAAAGGAAUCUCAUUUGAGGUCCCCAAAGGCAAGCGGAUCGCCUUGGUUGGUGACUCUGGUGGCGGUAAAAGCACGAUCUUCCGGCUGCUGUUCCGUUUCUACGAUAUCCAGUCCGGCAAAAUCACCGUUGAUGGGCAGGACAUUCGAGACUUGACCCAAAAGUCCCUCCGUCGCCACAUCGGCGUCGUGCCUCAGGAUACUGUCCUCUUCAACAACACAGUCCGCUACAACAUCCGCUACGGCAACGUCAAUGCCACGGACGAAGAAGUCGAGGCCGCGGCCAAGGCGGCUCAAAUCCACGACCGCAUCAUGCAGUGGCCUGAUGGCUAUGAGACCAAGGUCGGCGAGCGUGGUUUGAGACUCAGCGGCGGCGAAAAGCAGCGCGUGGCGAUCGCUCGCACGCUUCUCAAGAAUCCCUCGAUCAUUCUCCUCGACGAGGCGACCUCGGCCUUGGACAGCACCACUGAGCAGCUCAUCCAGCGAUCGCUCUCCACCCUCUGCGCCGACCGCACUACCCUCGUGAUUGCCCAUCGCCUGACCACCAUCGUCGACGCCGACCUUAUCUUGGUGCUCAAGGACGGCCGCAUCGUCGAGCGAGGCACUCACGACGAGCUUCUCAAGAGCGGCGAAGAAAUCUCCAAGAUGCGAGAGGCCAAGAUUCUGCCCGCGGGUGUUGAGGGCGGCGUCUACUACAACAUGUGGAUGCGUCAGCUCGACGAAGAGAAUGCUGCCGCCGAAUCCGUGACCGUUCGCCCGCCUCCCCGCCCUUCAAGCACUCGCAAGUCUGUGGCCACCAGUGGUAGCGCCUAUGGAGACCAUGGCCACGGCCACGGUUCUCGGCAUGGCUGA